GCCCAGCGUCCCGACGCACCUGACGCUGCCAGCGCCAAUCCUGCUACCUCCACCACCACCGCUGCGUCUCCGCCGCCACCUCUGUCACCGCCGCUUCGUCUGCAGCAGCAUCUCCAGCAGCAUGUCGCGCAGGAAGAUCUCAUCCGAGUCCUUUAGCUCUCUGGGCUCUGACUAUCUGGAGACUAGCCCCGAGGAGGAAGGGGAGUGCCCCCUGUCCAGGCUCUGCUGGAAUGACAGCAGGAGCCCGCCAGGGCCACCGGGAUCCAGAUCUGCUGCCAAGACUGCCACCCAAGCUCCCUCUGCCUCCGCCGCCGCGGCCGCGGCCGCUGCUGCUGCGGCCGCCGGGUCCAAGAGGGCGCAGCGACGCCGGAGGGUCAACCUGGACUCCCUAGGCGAGAGCAUCAGCCUCCUGACAGCGCCCUCGCCUCAGACUAUACAGCUGACUCUGAAGAGGACAUUGCAGUAUUAUGAACAUCAAGUUAUCGGUUAUAGGGAUGCAGAAAAGAAUUUCCACAAUAUCUCUAACAGAUGCUCCCAUGCAGACCAUUUCAACAAAGAGGAACUUGAAGAUGUCUCAGAAAUUCUCCAGUGUACUGCUAAUGUACUCGGUCUGAAGUUCCAGGAAAUUCAAGAAAGAUUUGGUGAGGAAUUCUUUAAGAUAUGCUUUGAUGAAAAUGAGAGAGUCCUUCGAGCUGUAGGUGGCACAUUGCAGGACUUCUUCAAUGGCUUCGAUGCAUUGUUGGAGCACAUUAGGACUUCUUUUGGGAAAAAGGCCACUCUGGAGUCAUCAUCUUUCCUAUGCAAAGAGCUCCCUGAAGGUACUCUUAUGCUCCACUACUUCCAUCCUCAUCAUACUGUGGGAUUUGCAAUGCUGGGAAUGAUUAAGGCUGCAGGAAAGAGAAUCUAUCACUUGAAUGUAGAAGUGGAACAAAUUGAAAAUGAACAGUUUUACUCUGAUGGCUCAAACCCAAGCAAUUGUAGUUGUCUUUCUUUCCUUAUCAAAGAAUGUGAAACUAUUCACAUCACAAAGAACAUUACACAGGGUACUUCUCAAGUUCCUGCAGACCUCAGAAUCAGCAUCAGCACCUUCUGCAGAGCUUUUCCAUUCCACUUGAUGUUUGACCCCAGCAUGGGAAUUCUUCAGCUUGGGGAAGGCCUGCGAAAGCAGCUUCGAUGUGACACUCACAAAGUGCUGAAGUUUCAGGAUUGUUUUGAGAUCGUCUCUCCAAAGGUUAAUGCCACCUUUGAAAGGGUCUUGCUGCGACUCUCUACCCCAUUUGUAAUAAAGACCAAGCCUGAAGCUUCUGGUACUGAGAAUAAAGACAAGGUGAUGGAAAUCAAAGGACAAAUGAUCCAUGUCCCAGAAUCAAAUGCCAUUUUGUUUUUGGGCUCUCCAUGUGUGGACAAGUUGGAUGAACUCAUGGGCCGAGGACUACAUCUCUCAGACAUUCCUAUUCAUGAUGCUACCCGAGAUGUCAUUUUAGUAGGAGAGCAAGCAAAGGCACAAGAUGGCUUGAAGAAGAGGAUGGAUAAAUUAAAGGCCACCUUAGAAAGAACUCACCAGGCCCUGGAAGAAGAAAAGAAGAAGACAGUGGAUCUGCUGUACUCCAUUUUUCCUGGUGAUGUAGCCCAGCAAUUGUGGCAAGGACAGCAAGUGCAGGCCAGAAAGUUUGAUGAUGUCACCAUGCUUUUCUCAGACAUUGUGGGUUUCACAGCCAUAUGUGCCCAGUGUACUCCCAUGCAGGUGAUCAGCAUGCUCAAUGAACUUUACACCAGAUUUGAUCACCAGUGUGGAUUUUUGGAUAUUUACAAGGUGGAAACAAUAGGGGAUGCAUACUGUGUUGCAGCAGGGCUGCACAGAAAAAGCCUCUGCCAUGCCAAACCAAUUGCUCUGAUGGCCUUAAAGAUGAUGGAACUUUCAGAAGAGGUUCUGACUCCUGAUGGAAGACCCAUUCAGAUGCGGAUAGGCAUUCAUUCAGGCUCUGUGCUAGCUGGUGUAGUUGGGGUGAGAAUGCCACGAUAUUGUCUUUUUGGAAAUAAUGUCACAUUGGCAAGCAAAUUUGAAUCGGGAAGUCAUCCUCGGCGUAUCAACGUCAGCCCAACUACCUAUCAACUAUUAAAGCGAGAGGACAGUUUCAUAUUUAUUCCUCGUUCCCGUGAAGAACUUCCAGACAACUUUCCAAAGGAAAUCCCUGGGGUCUGCUAUUUCCUGGAGGUAAGGACCGGUCCAAAGCCGCCAAAGCCUUCUCUAUCUUCAACAAGAGUAAAAAAGGUUUCCUACAAUAUUGGCACGAUGUUUCUCCGGGAGACAAGCCUCUGAGACCUGCUGUGGAUCAAAGACUCCUCGAAAAAAAGCACAAGCCCAGAACAUGGGUCCCAAUGAGGGGAGGAAGACAUUGCUUCUCUUCCAAUGCUUUGUAAGAACAUGUAGUAGAGUUUCUGUGUCAAUGUCAUGCAAUAAUCCUUGAAACAGUGAAUAACUGCUGCCAAAAAAAAAAAAAAAACCCAGAAAACAAUACAAAAAAACUUGGAUGUCAGGAUGAAAAAAUACAAUGUAUUCAUCUAUAUGAAUGUUUCAGGUCAUAUUUGUUUUAUUUACACUUACAGGCCCCUUUUCCAAAGUAACCAAUCAAUAGUACCUGUGCUUUCUUGCUUGUCACCCAUACAGGUAUCUCUUCCUAUAUAUUUGUACCACUUUUGAAUAUUCUCUAAUUAUCUUUUCCUAAAUAGACAUUUCAUACAUAUAUCAUAGCAGUGUGAUUAAACUUCUAAGCAAGAAGAAUUGUAACCCAGCAAAAAUAUUUUAGGGAUAUUACCUAUUUUUAUAAAUAUAUAUACAUAUAUAUCUCUUCUAGAUAAUUACAGUUCAAUGAACAUGAUUAGAUAUUCAGAAUGUGUUGUUGGAUUGUUGGUAUUUUAUGUAAUAUUAACAUACUAAUCUAAUAUAGUUUUGCUCAUUUAGAGAGAUUAGUGCUUGAACUAAGAACAUAUAUAUCUGAGGAUAUCAGCUGUUGAGAAACCACAUGUCUGCUUAGUGAACAUAUCUUUCAGAUUUAUUUAAUGUAGCUUGGAGUCCAGAGGAAAUGGAAUUUUCUAGUAGCAGAUAAACCUGUAGCUAAGAUUCGGGAAAGAUAUUUUUUUGUAAUUUUCAAAUGCAUAUCAGUUAAAACAAAUUGCUUUACAAUACUAGGCAAUUUUCAAGUUAUAACUUAUUAAUGUAGAUGGAGUUUGCAACCUUAAAUAGCCCUCUAGUAAAUAGCAUUCUCAUUACAUGAUGUAUUAGUAAAUUCCCUUCCAUCUGGACUAAUGCCUUCUGAGUACUGACUGACAGUCUCAGAUAAAUCCCUGAAACCAGCAUUACUGACAAAGGCCUGUCAGGACAUUUGUUUUUUAUUGCCUGAACACAAAACAAAGAAAAACCCUGGAUUUCAUGGCUUUGAGACUCUAAAAAGUGUAUUCUCCUGCAUUUUUGUUUAUAAGGCAAUCAAAGCAGCAAAUAAC